UUGAAUAACCCGUUGGAGAAAUCACACCCCAACAAGAAAAGCAACGGGAGACCGCAAAAGCAGUGUUUUUACGAUUCUAUGUGCACGCAACUACGACACCGUUGCAGCCUUCGUCUUCAUAACCAGAAUCACAUGGAUAUUUUUUCUUCUUUCAAAUCAUCUUCUUCGCAUUUGGUUUUCGUUUGUUAUUGAUUUUCAUUUCAUAUCUCCUCCUUUCUCCAUACGAUUGGAAAUCCAAUUUUUGCCCAAAUCAACGACCAAUGUACCGAAUUCAGACAUGGAGAAGGCUUCUAUUUUGUGUUUUUAGCAUGUAACAAACGACGAACAAGUCGUGUAUAUCUCUCUUUUUCCUCAGCAUUUCGAUAUGUCUAUAUCAGCAUUACGUCAGAAGCAUAAAUGGGAAGUGGAGAAACUGACACUUACAUCACAACCUUUCAAAACACUGAAGCUAUUCACUUUAUCUAUUCUUCAACACAUAAGCAGUUCGAUGGUAUACAUUUUGGCUCAUGGUUGCUUGCUUAUGCUUUUCGUAGCAGCCAUAGCAGGGGUUGGAGUGUUUCUUAUAACUGAUGAUGGUCCUCAUAGAAAGCAAGUUGAAGUGCUUGUUGAAUAUUCACGAUUUGGAUUGUGGUGGAUGGCUCUUGGCGUUGCAUCUUCUAUUGGUCUUGGAUCUGGUCUGCAUACUUUUGUCCUGUAUUUGGGUCCCCACAUUGCUUUCUUUACAAUGAAAGCAAUGCAAUGUGGUAGAGUCGAUAUCAAAAGUGCUCCAUAUGAUACAAUACAGUUUAAUAGAAGUCCAUCAUGGAUUAAAAAGGAUUGCUCAGAGUUUGGUCCCCCAUUGUUUUCAUCUCCACAUGGUUCUCAUUCAGUUCCACUUUCUAGCAUUUUACCACAAGUUCAGAUUGAAUCUAUUCUUUGGGGUUUUGGAACUGCAAUUGGUGAACUCCCUCCAUAUUUCAUUUCAAGAGCAGCAAGUAUCUCGGGUGGUAAUGCAGAAGAAAUAGAAGAAAUCAAUAAUUCAACAGGAGACAAUAAUGGGCGUUCUACAAACAUGAAGCGUUGGUUCUUGUCACAUGCACAAUAUUUGAACUUCUUCACAAUUCUACUCCUUGCUUCGAUACCAAAUCCUCUAUUUGACCUUGCUGGCAUAAUGUGUGGUCAAUUUGGGAUUCCAUUUUGGGAGUUUUUUCUCGCAACAGUUAUUGGGAAGGCUAUCAUCAAAGCUCACAUACAGACUGUGUUCAUCAUCUCAGUGUGCAAUAAUCAACUUCUGAACUGGAUAGAAAGUGAGUUGUUAUGGACAUUUAGCUUCAUCCCUGGUGUUGCUUCUGUCCUCCCUCCAGUUGUAGCUAAAUUGCAGGCCAUAAAGGAUAAAUAUAUGGCAGCUACUCCUCCUGAUUCUUCAAGAAUUAAGGCAAAACCAUGGGAUCUUUCAUUUGCUUCAGUUUGGAACUCCAUCAUAUGGUUGAUGUUGUUGAAUUUUUUCUCCACAAUUGUUACUUCAACUGCUCAGAGUUACCUUAAGAAAGAACAUGAAAAAGAAAUGACUCUUUUGAAAAAGAAAUUAGUUCGACAACAUGAUACUAAUUAGCUGUUUCUAGAAAAAAGAAAAAAAAAAGUUUUCCACAGAAAUGGGAGAAGUGAAAAGACGAUUGUACCCUUGGACGGUUGAGGAUUUGUUGGACAUGGCGCCGUGUAUGUACUUAGUUGCAUGAGCGUUAGUGGUUUAUUUUUUUGUUCUUUUUUUUUUUCUCGUUUUUUUUAGUUUUUGUAAGGUUGAUAUAUAUCGGAUUAAGUGUCGUUUGGUCAGAGAUGUGAUCUUGUUUUUUGAUUAA